AGUUGCAUAGAUCUCAUAAAAGAGAUUCGCUUUUUUUUUUCUCCAUGAGUUGUACAUAUUCCUUUUGUGACUCAAUAGUAGAUACGGAAACAUUUCACAUUCAACUUGAAUGGUUUAAUAAGCAACUCGACCUGAAUGAUCUACAAAUUUCUACAGAUACAGAAUAUGGUUGUAUUACAGUAACCAACUUGAAAGACUAUUGGCAACGUACAAUUACUCAUGGAUUAUUAAUGGAUUGUUUUAAAGUGUCUAAUGCCUUAAUUGAAAAGGAAAGAAAUAAUGUACUUGUGGCUGCUUUUUUGGGUGAACAAUCGUUAUACAAAGACCGAUUAGAAUGGAGAGUGACCAGAGAAGGAGAUCGUUUGAGAAUGAAAUUACGCACAUAUAAUGCAGAUAUUGCUUUUGCAGCGGGCUCUUUUAAUUUAACAAAGGUGUCUGAGAUAGAAAUAAAAAAAUUGCAGGAAUUAUGGUUCAGACGUUGUAGUUUAGCUUCUCAAGUGUCUAUUGAAAAAAGUAGAGCUUUAAAACAAUGCAAUUCAGACCUUGAGAGAACGAAUGCUGAAUUAAAAGAAACAAUAGAGUCUAUGAUAAUCAGAGAAAAUAAAAAUAAACUCUUGAUGAUUGAAAAGUUUGUUAAUCUUUUAAAUACAAAAAAGAAAAAGAUUAAGAAACUGGAAAAAAUUAUUGCACAAAAGAGAUGGCGCGAUGAUGAAGAAGAAGAAGAAGAGAAAAACCAAAGUAGUCAAAAAAGAAAUAAAUCAAAACAAGAAUCAAGUUCAUUACCUAUUCAGGGGACAGAAAUGUCAUUGUCUAUGCCGCAAACAAGUACUUCGUUAAACAUUAAAGAAUCAGUCAAAAUAUUAAAGCCAAUAACAGCUACAAUGGCAAUCAUUAAUGACUUUUUGAAUGAUGAAUCUGACUUUUCUGAAGAUGACAUUGAUUGUCCACAAACAGUAAGAUAACCAAAUUGUAAAUAUAAUACCCGCUUUAUUUUUACCCCCAAUAAAAAAAAAAUAAAGUUUGUUUUUCUUUUUCUUCUUCUUUUUCUUCUUUUCAAUCAUGUUACGUACAACUUUUCAUUAUAUUCAACGUCGUGCUUUU